GCAUGUGAUAAACUUGCGCCGCGACGCUACAAGAAAGGCGGCACUAUCAAUGUGGAUGCAAACAUUGUGGAAGAAGUCGUUGAUGAACAGGUCCUUCAGGAAGCGUUGAGAACUCUCUUUCAACGCUGCAUUGUCGAAUCCAACCAAGAGAUUCUCCACAUUGUUUACCAGACAUGGUGUGCAGUCCUCGAGAGGGCGCCACAGGAGGCGGUGGCGGCGGCCGCGUGUCCGUGGAUCAACGUCUGGCUGUGUCUGAUGAUGCAGCCGGCGAAGGUAGCGAUCGAUCACAGCCUCGUGAUUGUCGCGCGCACACAACCUGAGAGGUCAGGGAAGGUGAAACCCACAGCGGCGGAUCCGGUGGUGGCCGUAGAAGAUGACCGGGAUUACAUUGGUGGGAAGCUCACCCUGACCGCGUCGCCUACUGACCACGACGCGGGCGUGGUGCGAGCGCGAUCGUACGCCGCAAAAUGCCUGGGUAAGCUAGCUAUGAUAGUGACAGCUCCGCAGGCCAGCUAUCCGGAGGGAGUGGAGACUCCCCUUGAGGGUUUCUGCAAACUCAUCUGCUUUCACCUCAACUCUAAGUCGGCGACGCAGAGACUGUGCACGGCCCUGCUCGUCUCCGAGUGGUCGCAAGCAGAUGCGACGCUGACAUUGCCGGACGCCAUCACUGUGAAGCUGCGUGAGAGCGUUAACGAGUCUGUGUACUUUGACGAGAUAGCGCCGUUGUUCACGCGCAUGCAGGCCGAGGCAAAGGACCUGGUUGCCACUCUCACCAAGAACAAUGCUGAGCUCGACGCUAGCUACACGGGGUACCGCUACUAUUGCUCAUAG